CAAUAGAGGGCGGCAGCAUACUAAAAAAUCAGCUGCUGCCAUCUUGUUACGAUCUGCAGAGGAGGAAAUUAUGUCUGUUUCUACUUUCAGACCAACAAUUGUCUCGCUUUCGAGACGGUGGUUCUCUGCACAAGCUGCCACACAAGCUAGACAAGCAGAAGCAGAGAGAAAUGAAGUUCAGGUAACCAAACUUCCAAGCGGGCUGACCGUAGCCUCGCUGGAAAACAACUCUCCUGUCUCAAGGUUAGCAGUAAUCGUCAAGGCUGGCUCCAGGUACGAGGGUGUUGAAAACCUUGGUGCAUCACAUUGUUUACGAGCAUUUGGCCACUUGACAACAAGUGGUGCUUCAGCACUCAGCAUUACCCGAGGUUUGGAGGAGGUAGGAGGUUCACUUGAAACAAGUACAUCAAGAGAACAUGUCACAUACAGCAUCCGAUGUCUAAGAGAUCAGCUGGACACUGGAAUGUUCUACCUCAAGAACGUGUCAACAGGGCAAGAGUUCAGGCCUUGGGAAGUGAAGGACAACAGUCAGAGAUUGCUCUUUGAUUUGUCUUGCUAUAAUGAUCAGCUCCAACUCAAUGUUAUGGAGCAACUUCACAGUGCUGCGUACAGGGACACCCUUGGCCGUUCCAUCUAUGUGCCCCAGUACAUGGUUGGAGAGCACACUACCCAGAUGCUGAAAGACUACGUCAGCAGCCGCUACACUGCUGAGAACAUGGCUAUUGUUGGUAUCGGUGUUGAUCACAGUGACCUGAAGACCUUUGGGGAGUCCUUUGAUCUUCAACGAGGUGACCCCUCAACUCCAGCUGCAAAAUAUUCAGGUGGUGAGCUGAGGACCCAGUGCAGUAGCCCCCUUGCCUAUGCUGCCUUGGGCGUAGAAGGCGCCAGUCUGUCGAGCAAGGACCUUCUUGUCACCGGUAUCCUCCACCAGCUGAUUGGCUCUGCACCGUACAUCAAGAGAGGAAGCAACCUAGCCACAUCCAAGGCCAGCCAGGCAGCCGCAAAGGCUUCCUCACUCCCUCAUGCUGUGAACAGUUUCAACCUACCAUACUCAGACUCUGGCCUCUUCGGAUUCUUUGCCAUCACCCAGCCAAGUGAUAUGGCUCCUGUGCUAAAAUCCCUGAUGGAACAGUUUGGAGGAAUGACGAAAGGAAAUGUCAGUGCCCAAGACCUUCAGAGAGCGAAAAAUCAACUGAAGGCUGCUGUCUUCAUGAACCUUGAGAACCAAGAUGCUCUCCUGGAAGACAUCGCUGUUCAAGCCCUUCAUGCCGGGUCAUAUGUGAGUCCUGCUGAUGUCGUCAAGGCGGUUGAUGGUAUCACUGCUGAGGAUGUGUCAAGGGUUGCCAAGCGUAUCUUCAACGGCAAGCGUUCAAUGGCAGCCAGUGGUAACCUCAUAAAUACCCCGUACAUGGACCAGCUUUUGACACCAUGAGAGCCCCCUCUAUCGUAGAAUAAAUUAUAGUUAGAUGUACAGGAUCUUCCUUCUUUUGUGUCUAUUGAGCUAUGAAUUCAAAGAGUUGUUCUAUUUGAAAGUGAUGUUUAAAAGCCCUAUUGACAGAACUGAAGAUUUUUAGAAACAGUUAUUCAUGCAAACCUUGUAUGUGAGGUAUCUGUCAGCAUUUUUAAUCAAGAAAAAUAUGAAUAUAUUUAAAUAUUGAAUAAUAAUUACCACAUAUGCACAUGCACUAUGCCUCUUGUUUAUCUGUGUGCUUUGAUACUAGAUAACAACAUUAAUCGUAACAAGUUGGCCAAAUCUAUUUUCCUGACUUUAUAUUGUGGAUUUGAUAAAUAUUUUGAGUUAUGAGCAAAAAAAUGUAAUCCUCUCCCCCAAUCUUAUAUUCAGAGACAGAUCUCUGUUCAUGUCAUACACUUUCGAAUACCAGAAAUGUACCUGUGUAAAUUUUGUGAUAUUACCAAAACUACAGCUAUGAAAAAAAAAGAAACAGAGAAAAAGGAAUUGUCAUUGAAAUAUUUUCAUUUUUCGUCUUGUUCAAAUGCUUUUAAGCAAUGAGUUUACUGACAUGACAAAAUAAAAUGAAAACUGACUUGAAA